GGAGAAUCGCAAUCCAUUACGAUUGCUCACUGAAAGGGAACUUUUGAAUGGACAACAUGAUUCUCACGUUACAUCCAUCUUGGCGCUUAUUCUGGCCAACUUGCUCCCGUGCGAGACGGUGUGAAGAAUGGCGAGGACGGCCAAGGAAGAUCUUAGCAGCCACGUGGAUGGACCCGACCAACAGGAAGAGGCCAGUCCAGCGCAAACAACGGAUGGCGCAGACAAUCGCUCUAAGUCUUCUCUUGAUGAAACCUCUGCUCAUGAUCUUCCACAAUUGCUGCCACUCUCACAUGACCACCCACUGCUCAACCAUGAUGUGCCCUUCAAUGUGGAUGAUUUCUUGAUGACGCGUCCCAAUACAUCUCUUGUGGACCUUCGCACGGAAUUGCGUGAUUAUUUGGGGACACUCAAGGAGGAAUUAGUUCAGCUCAUUAAUGACGACUACGAAGAUUUUAUCAGUCUCCGCACGGACCUCCGGGGGGAGGGGCCAAGACUGCAGCGACUACUGGGUCCUAUCCAGUCGCUGCAUGGUGAAACAGAGAGGUCUAAAACAGAGCUUUUGGAAAUCAAGAUGGCUUUUGAAGAGAAACUAAAAGAACGAUCAAGAUUACGCGAAGAAAAAGCUCUGCUUCAUCUUUUGUUGAAAGUUUCUGACCUCGUCGGGAGGCUUGAGACUAUGCUGAGAAUCUCGGACCAUCAAGAUUCUACUAACGUCACUCCCGAUUAUUCUAGCAUGGUAGUUCGCGACAUGACUGAUAGCCUAGACGCGAUUCACUUUGAGGGUCCCUACACACGGAACGUGGGUGAACCCGAUACUAAGAGGUCACCGGCUGUUGGGGCUAAGUUCCUAGCGAGAGUGGCAGCUGAGUUCAAUCAACUUCUCUAUCACGCGGCGAAGGCGCGCCAGAAGGAUUGCGUCUUUGUAGAGGAGCUCAGGAAGAACAUCACUAAAAUCGAGGAUACUUUGUCUCGCGACCUAGACAUAGUUUUCUCUGCGAGCUUAGUUGCAGUAAUUUCGGCGUCGCCGUCUACAACUGCACCUCCUGCUUCAAGACCCAAGUUGAUUGCUGAUCUCACGGAAUGUCUCAAAAUAUACGAUUCUCUAGAGAAAUGGGAGUCCGCCGAAGACGUCAUUCGACAAGACAUUGUUCAGCCGUUCAUCCGCAAGACCAUCACAUCUAGUGCCUUGUCCGCUCCGGUGUCUCCUGUAAUGCCACGGACCCCUGUGGCUGAUUCUCUCCACGUUUCGAGAGACUCGCCCAUUCUGACAAUCGAUUCUCCCAUUACACCAUUCACCCCACAUCACUUUUACCCGACUCGGGAUCGCUCGCUUGCGACAUCAAACACGACCAGCCAACUCUCCAUAUCUACUGUAGGUGGCUUGCCUUCAUUCACCGAUCAAAUACACUCAGAGGAUCCAUUGACACAACUCUUGAGCACUGUGCUCCGCUUUAUCGAGCGUGAUUUGAUCGUGCCAAUCGAGCUCUCUGAACGGAUCAAUUCCACCAGAUCCACCAAGAUCCAAAAGGGAGGCAUUAAAUCUGUUUUAACUCCUACAACCAAUGGGCAAUUAGGUUCUACCGGAGAACAGGUGGAUUGUAUUGCAAACAAGUCCACAAGAAUCGAGGGUGGCUUUGACAUUAUGGCUCGAGUCGUGUGGGCCGAGAUAGCUCGAGCAUUAAUCGACCAGCUCGGGCCGAUCAUCUUCGCUGCUGGAAGGCCAGAUGAGUUUCAGAAGAAUUAUACUAUUAUACACGAUUUCAUCACAGCCUUUGAAUUUACCUCACCCUCAGUCGAGGUCGUAAACAGCAUUCGUUCACAUAGAAUAUACAAGGCCUUUGAACGGCGGUGGCAACUCCAAGUGUACUUCCAGUUGCGAUGGAAGGAGAUCAUCGGGAAACUCGAAGAAACCUUGUCUCAGGCGCCAACAAUGACUACUCCCCAGAUCUCGGCUCCCUUCAUAACCGCGCAGGGGGAAGCUGUUGUAACUGCCUUGUGCACAUGCUGGUCUUCUACCGUUUACAUACCCGAACUUGUCCACCGGUUUUGGAGGUUGUCUUUGCAGAUUCUUCAUCGUUUUAUUACAUGGGUGGAUGCAAACAUUCCGGUGCGGAAAAACCCAGAUUUGGUUCCAGAGAAGAAGAACGCUGCAGAUGUAGCAGCCCAGGAGGACGCUCAUUUGCGAGCCUUCGCCUUCAUGAUUUCGGAUAUCCUUGUUGUGAAGUCUAAAGCUCAGAAACUUUUUUCUCAAACCAUUCGUGGCCUGCUUCCAUCAACUUCUCAGGAAGAUGACGAGCAACCCCCUGAAGAAAUAUUCAACGAAACACUCUCCAAGCUGUCUGCUAUCAUUCCCCCAAUUAGCGACGAAAUGAUUUCCAUUCUGUCCGUUCGUUGCCAAGAUCCUUUACAAUACGUUCGCUCCAUCCCAACCCAGUUCCGUGCCAUGAGCUCGCGCAAUUUGGAUCUCCCUCAAGAGCCAAGUUAUUUUAUACCCAACAUCCUCAAACCGCUAAAGGAAUUUUUGCUGGAGGAUGGUGCACCUGCUUCCCAACUCAAAAGCGUAUACGGAUCAGGUUGGGCCGAAGAGAUCUUCAAGUCUGUCGUGUUGAAGUAUUCGUCUUAUCUUAUCGGGAUGAAGAAGACAUACGAUUCCAUUAGACGAUACAAGAAGGGAAAGCAAUCUGCAUUCAUGCUCUUUGGGUCUACUUCGCGGAAUCAGCAGCUGGACGAGCAGGGCCGCGAAGAGGCACGGAUCCGCGCCCAAAUGAUCAUUGAUGUUGAAGCUCUUGGUCAAGAGGCAAGCUCGCUAGACGGCCUAAUUAACGUUCAAGCCAGCGAGGAGUACCGUGAGUUACGUGAGCUGGCAGCUCGAGAUGAUGCCACGUCAGCAACUUCAUAGCUAUGCAUACAGUAUUAUUCAAUGGAAUAUUCCAGUCAACCAGGAAACAACAUAUCAGAGAAUACAACGAGGCUUAUGAAUCAGUGAUACUGAGACUAUAGGCAAUAGUUUUAACAAGCCAGAUAAACAUGUUCAAUAAAAUUCAAUAAGUCAAACAACACU